UUGAAAUGUGAUGAUGUAAAUUCAAACUUCUUGUGUUAGAGUCAUUUUCAAUUUUACACAGUUGUAAGUCAACAUUUUCCGCCAUAAUAUCUAAUUCUUCCUCAUUAUUUUCUCUUCUCUCUACAAACCAAAAAUACUUACUUUCAUUUCCAAGUUUUGAAAACAUCUCGUAACUAUUUAACUUGCAUUGCACAAGAGUACAGCGAUUUAAAGCUUUCUGACAAUAACAAGCUCAUUGAUUAAAAGUAGACCUUAAAAAAUGUGCAUUUAAAAUAUGAAUUGAACUGUGAAAAUUCCAUUUUCCAUUUCGAAUCAGUACACUUUAAACUAUACAGCAGGAAAUUUUCAGAAAAAGCAUUUCAUUUCUCGUCCCUCAAGAAGGUUGUUCCUAUAAAAUAAACAGAAAGUAGAAAGCGACAAUGAAACAAGCCACUCUUUUUGCUAUAUUUCUAGUGUUACUAUUUCAGCAAAGUUUACAAAAUGAGGGCCAUGUUGGACUUUUAAAAGCUUCCGUUCGCGCCAAAACAGGGUAUAUUGCAAGAUGCCCACCUGCAAAAUACAUAAACAACGGAGAAUGUGUGGAUCAGUGCCCUCCAUUCAAAAUUUCAAUAUUUAAUGGCUUUGCAAAAAUAUGCGUAACAAGAAAUGAGAUCUCUUCUUGUCCGACCGGUUCUUGCAACAACUUUUGUUACAAGCUAGAAUGUGUGAACAUGUGUCCAUAUUACACAUUUGACUUGAACACCUCAUGUAUUGUACGGUGUCCCAAAGAUGCUAAUUUUGUUGUAACUCUUAACUGUGAUGAUGAUUGCUUUUUUGUAAUGAAAACAUGCUAUUCAAAGUGCCCCGAUUCUUAUUAUUAUUUGAUGAAAACACCUUAUUUUGACUGGUGUUUAAAACAAUGUCCAAUAUACACCGCUAAGAAUAAUUUCACUUGUGAACUAUCGUGCAGUACUGACAAACAAUACCUUUUUAACAACACAUGUUUGAAGGCUUGUCCAUCUAGUCAUAAGUACAUGUUCCUUCAUGUUUCUAAAUUCAAUGAAAUCUUAAUGUGUACCGAUAAUUGCCAUGAUCGAGUGCUAUAUGGAAAUCAAUGCAUUUCAAAGUGUCCUUCAUUAACUGUUUUGUACAAUGGAACUUGCUCUACUGGCUGUCCAUCAACACACCCUCUUCUUUAUUCUUCGCAGUUGAAAUUUCGGGAUGACAUUCAGCUCAAUAGGUCUGACCUUGCAUGUGUCAGUGAAUGUGGGAAUGAUUACAGCAUUUUUAAUUCUACAUGUGUUGCAGAUUGUCCUGACUCAUUUCCAUUUUCACUCAACGGAACUUGUACGCAGGAAUGCGCCGAUGAUAAACCAGUCCAUGUAGAAAAACAGACAAAGUGCAUUCCAUCAUGUCCCUUGGAUUAUUUUCUCUUUAACGAUACAGGCAUAUGUUAUGACCGAUGCCCGAAAUCAUAUGUGUAUACGUACAAUCAGACAUGUCACUCAGAAUGUCCAGAUUAUCUCCCUUUCCAACUGACACGUCAAAAGAAAAGUUUUAUUCUAAUUGGUCAUUCAUUUCAACCCGUUUUGUAUUAUGAAUGUGUCGAAAUGUGCCCCAAUCUACAUUAUCAACAACAAUGUGUUGAUGUUUGUCCAUUAAAUGCUAAAUAUAAAUCAUUCAAAUCCUGUGUAAAUCAAUGCUCUGGGGAUCUCCCUUUCUAUCUUACUUUAACAAUGCAAUAUGUUUUCUAUGCACAUGAAAAGGAAACUAUUUGCGUUAAGUCGUGUCCUGCAUACUAUGUUAAUCAUACAAAAGUUUGUACAUCAACAUGCCCCUCAGACUCUAUGUUUCUUUUCAACAAUAUUUGUCUAAAGCGUUGUCCGUUAACGAAAAAAUUUGGAGAAAAAAGUCAUUCAUUUUACGUGUGCGUUCAAAAAUGUCAACAUUUGUCUUUCAAUAACAUAUGUGUUGAUAAAUGUCCAAAUGCUGCAAAAUAUAAUUCAAAUUCAACUUGUGUAAGCAAAUGUAGUAACUCAUUAUUACCUUACUAUUACUUAAAUACAACCAAAGUCAGAGCCCGUUACUACGGCUACAAGAUGGAAACAAAUUUCUACUGCUUGGCGUCAUGUCCGUCGAAUUUAUUUGGCUUUGAACAUAGAUGUGUUGAUAAAUGUCCGAAAGCAACAUUCUAUUUUGGAAAGAAAUGUUUAUUUGACUGCCCACUGUCUUAUCCAUAUAAAAUACCGCCAUUACAAAAAUGUGCAAAUGUUUGUCCAAACACGACAUAUUUAUAUAACAGGACGUGUGUUCCAAUGUGUCCAGACAGUACGUUUCAGUUUCAAAACAGAUGUGUUUCAGAGUGUCCAGACUCUCACUCGUGGAUUUAUACAAAGAAUGCUUCUGCAAAGCAUGUUCAAUACCUAUGCGUUGAUGUUUGUCCAGUAGCUACUUUUGAAUUUAAACCUAAUAAACUUUGCUUUGAUAAAUGUCCAGAUGGUUUCUUCAUUGACCGUAAUGAAUGUGUGAAAACAUGUCCAAAGAACAGAAAACUGGUAAACAACUCCACAAAAGAGUGUACAAUGAACUGUACCGGCAUGUACCUGCAGGGAAAUUUUUGUGUGAAUCUCUGUGUCGAAGAAAUGUUUAUAUUUCAAAAUUCAUGUGUGAAUUCAUGUCCCUCUUCACAUCCUCUUAAAUAUAUAACCAACAAUAAAAUACUAACCCAAAAGUUUUGUGUCAAAGAAUGUUUAAACAACACAUAUAUUUUCAAUGCAUCAUGUUUCGACGUUUGCCCAAAAGGGCUCCUUGCUUAUAAUAGAGAUUGCUUAAAGGUAUGUCCGUCGUCACAUCAAAUUAUUAAUGUCAUUACAAGAGAAUGUGUCCAGAAAUGUCCAAGGAAUCUUGUUUUAUCAUAUCCCAAUAAAUGCGAGAAAAGGUGUCCAUCUGGGAAACAAUUUAUUGAAAAUGGAAUUUGUCUAAGCUCCUGCAAGAACAACACCCGUUUAUACUAUCCAACUUCAAAUGGAUACCUCUGUACACACUCGUGUUCAGGUGAAUAUGUCCAGCUUCAAGAGACAAAUCGUUGUGGGAAAAAAUGUCCCUUCAACAGAAUCAUAAUUGAUGAAAUUUGUAUGCUUUAUGAAAAAUGCACAGAUCAUCCACUCAUCGAAUACACAGCCAAGGGCAAAGUCUGUAAACAUGGAUGUUCUGCUGGAAUGUAUCUGAAUGGGACCAAUUGUAUAGAUUCUUGUCCAAAAGAUAUGUUUAUUCUUAACAAGACUUGUGUACAGACUUGUCCAGAGUCAGCUCCGUAUCUGUGGAAGAGUUUUGGGAUGACUUUCUCUCGAAAAUGUUUGCCUCGUUGUCCAUUUUUUACGGUUAUGAAUAGCUCUAAUUGCAUUCUAGUAGAAGAGUGCAUUGGAUUCCUUGGUGAAAAGAAUAACGCUAUUCAUAACGGAAAAUGCGUUCCAGAAUGUCCCUAUGGGUCUGUGGAAUUUAAGGACAAAAAAUGUAGAUAUAGAUACGAGUUUAUUUUACCAAUCGUUAUAUGUUCUGUCAUUUUUAUUGGCCUUGUUACAUCAAUUUGUAAGAUGGUGUCGUGUAGGAUGAAGAAAACUAAUACGAAUACGCAACAAAGGUCUGAUGGAAUAGAUAAACAAAAUGAAUUCACCAGCUUAAUUGAGGACGAAACUGAAGCAAAAAGCAUAAUCGAAGGCUUUGAAAGACAAUCAAUCGAGGACAAUGAAUUUACAGGUUCUUUCCAACCCGGAAAUAAUAUCAAAAGUGUGAUAGACGAUGAAAAACGUCUCCCUAAUGAAGACGAUAAUUUACAAGGCUUGAUCCAUAGCAAGGCAUCAGUUAAAGAUACCUCCGAAAACGACGAAAGACAGCCAAAUGAGACAGAAAAUAAAGUAACUAUAGAUGUACAUGAAAUUUAAUGUUACCUAACAUCAAUGCUUGCUGCGACCAUUUUUUUUCUUAUUGACUUAUAGUUUUUUCCGAGCGUAAAGAAUAUUUUUGCUCAAAAGCGCAAUUAUUUUUGCACUAUAUUUUGUAAAAUAAA